GGUACGUUUGUUGGUUUAUCAAGUCAAAAGGUUACCCACAUGAUACGUAUGCAAAUUUCACGCAUAGUCACUGAAUUGGAACGUGUUCUUUUCUUGUUGAGGGUUAACGAAAGCAAUACCUUAGUGAUUGUUAGUACCGGCUACCCAGACGGUCAGAAGCAAGAAAUUAUCCUAAGUUAUCCGGUUUCAAAAGCGCACAGCAUAUCCCAUACAACACUCUUUGCUAGCACAACAGAACUAAGACAAACAGGAUCAAUAUGGCAUUGGAUACGCUCAGCAGUUUUAUGAUACUGGUCUGUGCUGUCGCCCUGGUUAUUUUGGUCUCGUUGACUGUUUACACGUGGUAUAAGUGGCAUAUGAAAGAGGUACAACAAGCGGCGACUCCUUACCAGGCCGCCAGCGCCGAGCUCGCCAUUGAAAUGACGUCACACACACCUCACCAUCCGCAGUCGCAUUUUCAGAGGGGCUAUUUAAACACAGUGGGGAGGGACAGUCCAAACCUGAGUGGCUCACGGACCUUCCUGAGCGAUGAGGUGUUGAAGCAAAAGCCAAACCUACCCCCGCCUGCGUUUGAGAGCAAAGACGUUGUCUUCCACGCCAACGCAGAGCGUAAUCCUGACGAGCUAAAAUCCAGCGACGUAGUUUUCCACGCGAACGGACCAUUCGCCGAUAACACAACGACCAAUGGGACUCAAGCUGGUCAAGUGGUAUACAAUGGCGAGGGCACGAGCGGGAAACGAAGAUGGACCGAGUCCACGGUCCCAGCGGAAGACGAAGAUGAAAACGAUGUCUCGCAUAGAAAAAACACGUAUCUGUGAAAGAAUAUAGACUGCAAUUCGUUGAGUGUAGUUUUGGCCGCAUAUAUCGUCCCUCAUUUAUAUAAAUUUUAUAGCUUUGACCCUAAAAGGCUAAGUCUUUUAGACUUGGAAGCCUAACAUAUUUUUUGCAUCGCGAAUGUUUAACUGAGAUCCGAAAGUAAGGGAAAUUUAAAACCUCCAUUUAUGCGUUCAAAUGUAGUUUUGUCUUACUCAUCGUUUGUACCUUAGACUUGGUAGUAGCCUUGCCUAAUUUACAAGAUGUUUCACAUAAUGGCACGCCAGUAGGGUGAAUAGAAAAGACUUCUAAGUUAAACUAAACUCUUGAUUGUCUAAAAAAAAGUUAAUUUCUCAACGCUUUUCCUUUUCUUAGAUAAAAUCAAAUGAAUUCAACUUAUGCUUUGCGUUACGUGCCAGAUUGAGGAGACUAAAACGUACAAGUCGCUAAUAUUAAAAAAAUCGUAAGAAAUUUCUUCUCACGUUUGUGUUGAAUCAAAGAUCUCGGAUUCUUAAUGUCGAGGAGAAUGAAAAUCUUAUUGUACUUUGCGAUAUUACCAUCUGCGUUGCCUUUACAUGUAAGUACUUGAUGUUUUUAGGCCAGACGCCACCUUAAAAAUUAGCUAUCCUGAAUUCUAGACUUAUAUUGCCAACAAGAUAGGUGAGCCCAAAUGCGAGUGUACGGUCAAACGUUCCUCAUUUUCUAUUUUAUGUUUCUUAUUGCAACGAGAGUAUUUGUAGAGAAGAAUUCUUUAUGUUUCAAAUGGUAGCGGUAAUCCUUAUAUAACGAGGGGCAUAUCAAACUACAAAAGGUAAAUAGCAUUUAUAAUUCGCCUCAUUGGCACUUGCCGGAAGGUAGAAGUAGGUUUAUUUGUCAUAAUGUAUCUUUCUUGUACAUAGGGGUAUUUUCAUAAGCGCGUGUUAGAUAAGGAUGUGAUAACCAACACAUCAUGGUUGAGUUUUGUAAAUUGUGGGAAUGCACGCAUACUAAAAUGAUCUAAAAUAUAUUCCACAGUUGUUUUUAACCCACCUUUUUUGAUGAUGUCUUUUGUAUUGAAAAAUGAAAUAAAGUAUCAGAGAAUUAUAAUA